AUGGCUUCGUCUCCAAAUACACAGGAGGAUAACCUUCAGACCUCAUCUUCCCGAACCCCAUCUCCAGAUCCAACCUCUAAGCAAGACGAGCUCGAACCUCCAACCACCUCAGCAACAGCAACAGCAACAGCACCACCUUACUCCCCAAUCUACGCCACGGCCGAACCAGCCAGUAUGCCCUCACACCCAGCCCCAGCACCAACCGACCCCCCGACAGUACCUAUGCACCCGCCCCCAGAACCAGCUACUACCACCACUACCACAACGACAGCAACGACGACUACUAAUACCUCCUCACCACCACCCCAACCCGGCACUCAACCACAUCCUCCUUCACCAGAAACCCAAGGACCAAAACAAUCUUCUCUGUCAAAUCCUCCACCCCCAAAACCAGCCGAUAUCCCCCCCCAACCGCAACCACAAGCACCGUUCGCCGCAAGUACCCAAUCUAACCCUACUACUACUACUACUACUACUACUACUUCUCCUACUGCAAUUACUGCUACUACAUCUACUUCUCCCUCAACUACUGCCUCCAACUCAACUCCCAGAUCCGGGUACAGCUACAGCUACUCUCCAUCGUCGUUAACACAACGACAUCCCCAUCCGCACUCUCCAACGCAAGCCGCAGUCCCAAAUUCGACAUCAACGCCCUACGCAUCCCUCUAUCAGCCGCCAACGAGUACAGUAAACAAUACAUCUCUCUCGGGGAAUCCAUCCCAGUUACCGCUGCAUUAUACAUCUGCAAACACAGACAUAGGGACCGGUGAAUCGGGAUUUCUAGACAAUGCCAAGGCGUGGUUCUGGAGCGCGGGGAAUAAGUUGGCGGAGGUUGAAGCUGAGGUUUGGAGGAGGAUUAAUGAAGCUCAUGAUAAGUAG